CAUGAGAAAGUGGCUAGUUUUGAGUUUUUGCAACAUUCCACGAACACCACUUUUUACUGUCUUUGAUUUAUGACUUGAAUUGUAUCCCUUCACCACUUCACUUGUCCUCUAUGCGCUUUUUCCUCUCUCUUUGCUCUUUGCUUUCCACACGGAAACAUAAGCCUUGCAUAGGGUCGCAUUCAAAAACCAAAAGUUCAGAGCUUGUUUAUUUGUAAGCCUUUUUUCGUUAGGAACUGAAAAUGGCGUUUUCAGUACUGCUACUGUUGUUCUCUCUUGCGUUUUUGCUCUCAAACCCAACAUGGGUGUGUGGGAAUGGAGAGCUAAGAGCACUGAUGGAUUUGAAAGCCAGUUUGGAUCCAGAGAGCCUUUAUCUACCGUCUUGGACUGUCAAUGGUGACCCAUGUGGUGGAUAUUUUGAAGGAGUGGCAUGCAAUGAGAAGGGGCAAGUGGCAAAUGUUUCUCUGCAGGGUAAGGGUCUCUCAGGGAAGCUUUCACCAGCCAUUGCAGGGCUCAAGCACCUGACUGGUCUCUACUUGCAUUAUAACUCUUUGUAUGGAGGCAUACCAAGAGAGAUUGCAAACUUGACUCAGCUUGUUGAUUUGUAUUUGAAUGUAAACAAUCUGUCUGGGGAAAUCCCACGCGAGAUAGCCACCAUGGAGAACUUGCAAGUUUUGCAGCUUUGUUAUAAUAACUUGACUGGAAGCAUUCCUACACAACUAGGUGCUUUGAAAAAGCUGAGUGUUGUUGCAUUGCAGUCAAACCAGUUAACUGGUGCUAUCCCUGCUAGUCUAGGUGAUUUGGGCUUGCUGGCGAGGCUAGAUUUGAGCUCUAAUAAUCUUUUUGGUUCCAUUCCCACUAGUCUUGCAGAAGCUCCUUCACUGAGAGUUUUGGAUGUUCACAACAACACCCUUUCUGGGAAUGUACCUCCUGCUCUUAAGAGACUAGAGGAUAGGUUUCUGUAUGAGUACAAUCUGGGGUUAUGUGGAGUUGGGUUUUCAUCCUUGAAAGCUUGCAACGCCUCAGAUCAUGUGAUUCCAAGCAGACCCGAGCCUUAUGGAGCAGCAACAAGAGAUAUCCCUGAAACUGCAAAUGUGAAGUUACCAUGCAAUGGUACUCAGUGCCUUAAUUCAUCAAAAUCAAAUCAAUCCACAUCAAUUACUGUGGGCAUAUUUGUGGUAAUAAUUGCAGUGUCUGCAAUCGGUAUUUUGACAUUCACACUGUAUCGUCGGAGAAAACAAAAGCUUGGAGGUUCUUUUCAUAUCAGUGACAACCGUGAGGAGGCCAUGGGUGGUGGUGUGUGUAGGAAAGACGGAUCUCCUUUGGUCAGCCUUGAGUACUCUACAGGAUGGGACCCUUUGGCUGAGAGUAGAAAUUUCAACGGGUAUAGUCAAGAUAUGGUUCAGAGUUUGAGGUUCAAUUUGGAAGAAGUGGAGUCAGCUACUCAGUAUUUCUCAGAGUUGAAUCUGUUGGGGAAGAAUAGCUUUAGUGCAACAUAUAGAGGAGUUCUGAGAGAUGGAUCCGUUGUUGCAGUGAAGAGCAUAAGUAAAACUAGUUGCAAGUCGGAUGAAGGUGAGUUUAUGAAGGGACUGAACAUGUUGACCUCAUUGAGGAAUGAUAAUGUAGUUAGGUUGAGGGGAUUCUGCUGUUCAAGGGGACGAGGUGAAUGCUUUCUGAUUUAUGAUUUUGUUUCCAAUGGAAACCUUUCACGCUUCCUUGAUGUUAACGAAGGAGAUGGUGAAGUCCUUGAAUGGUCAACUAGAGUUUCUAUUGUGAAAGGGGUUGCAAAAGGUAUGGCAUAUUUACAUGCAUACAGAGGAAACAAACCAGUUUUGAUUCACCAGAACAUCUCAGCUGACAAAGUCCUGAUUGAUCAGCGGUUCAAUCCAUUGUUGGCAGAUUGUGGCAUUUACAAGCUUCUUACUAAUGAUAUUGUGUUCUCUGCACUGAAGGGUAGUGCAGCAAAGGGUUACUUGGGUCCUGAAUAUGCCACUACUGGGCGCCUUGCUCAGACAAGUGAUGUCUAUGCCUUUGGGGUGCUGCUUUUCCAGAUCCUUUCUGGGAAGCAAGAAAUCACUAGCUCAAUAAGGGUUGCUGCAGAGUGCUCCAAGUUCCAAGAAUUUAUGGACCCGAAUCUUCAUGGAAGAUACUUUGAAUAUGAAGCAGCUAAACUGGCAAAAAUAGCUUUGCUUUGCUCCCAUGACUCUCCCUUUGAGAGGCCAUCCAUGGAAGCCAUUGUUCAAGAACUGGGGAACUGCAGUAGCUGCCUCUGAUUAGUUAGUGCUAACAACUGCUUAGCUUUUGGACAGUAGUGGGUUGUAUCGUAGAGAAUGGACAUUUCUUCCUCAAAUCGCCUGUGAUUUUGUUCAAUGUAUUUUGUUGUACAAGGUGAAUGUUUGAUUUGAUUUUUCGGUCUAUCCGUAUCUACCGGACAAAAAUCUAACGUAGUAGGAUUCUGUUCACCAACUCCGGAUUACGGUUAUUAUAAUAUUCUUCUCGCA